UUGGUCCUUGCUCUUAAAAAAGAUAUAAAAAACCCUACGAAACCCCUCGGAGUCGACACUCCCAACCCCACCCCUCGCGAAACCCUCGAACCAUCGAAGCUCCAUUUUCGCCCCCCCUCGCUAAUGGCGGCCGUGCCAGUUAAUCCGAAGCCUUUCUUAAACAAUCUGACCGGCAAGCCUGUGAUUGUGAAGCUCAAGUGGGGCAUGGAAUAUAAAGGUUAUCUCGUUUCGGUGGAUUCGUAUAUGAACCUACAGCUUGCCAAUACAGAGGAGUAUAUUGAUGGCCAGUUCUCAGGAAAUCUCGGGGAGAUACUGAUAAGGUGUAACAACGUUCUAUACCUUCGUGGCGUACCGGAGGACGAAGAAAUAGAAGAUGCCGAAUGAGGCUUCUUAGAUGUGUUAAAGGCGAAACAGCAUCAAUUUCCGUUCUCACUACUGAAAUCUUCUUUAUAUGACUAGUAAUAGCUUGAUCUAGUUCAGCAUACUUUUUACAUAAACUUUGUAUGUUAAGAGUUAGAAUUCAAGAGCUCUAUGUUUUAAGAGAUCCAA